GAUGAGAUGCACAAGCAAUCGUUUUGCUAGCGUGCUAACGGUAAAGUCUAUUUGCAGGUUAGCAAACUGUUAUUUUUAAGGAUCAUCACAUAGGUCCAACUCUGACAACGAGAAUGGAUAUAAGUUAACGAUGACUGGAGAGAAGAAGAAGAAAAAGCGGCUGAACCGCAGCAUUCUUCUGGCAAAGAAAAUUAUAAUAAAAGAUGGAGGCAGUCCACAGGGGAUCGGUGAGCCCAGCGUGUACCAUGCGGUGGUGGUCAUCUUCCUGGAGUUUUUCGCCUGGGGCCUGCUCACCACCCCCAUGCUCACGGUUUUACGUCAGACAUUCCCCCAUCACACAUUCCUGAUGAAUGGUCUUAUUCAUGGAGUUAAGGGUAUUCUGUCGUUCCUGAGUGCCCCUCUGAUCGGGGCGCUGUCGGACGUGUGGGGCCGCAAGUCCUUCCUGCUCCUCACCGUCUUCUUCACCUGCGCCCCCAUCCCCCUCAUGAAGAUCAGCCCAUGGUGGUACUUUGCCGUCAUUUCCAUGUCAGGUGUGUUUGCGGUCACCUUCUCCGUCAUCUUUGCAUAUGUAGCUGAUAUCACGCAGGAGCAUGAGAGGAGCACCGCCUAUGGCCUGGUGUCGGCCACGUUUGCGGCCAGCCUGGUGACGAGCCCGGCGAUCGGCGCGUACCUGUCGCAGGCGUACGGCGACACGCUGGUGGUGAUCCUGGCCACGGCCAUCGCGCUGCUGGACAUCGCCUUCAUCCUGGUGGCCGUGCCCGAGUCCCUGCCCGAGAAGAUGAGACCCGCCUCCUGGGGGGCGCCCAUCUCCUGGGAGCAGGCCGACCCCUUCGCCUCUCUGAGGAAGGUUGGUCAGGACUCGACGGUCCUCCUCAUCUGCAUUACUGUCUUCCUCUCCUACCUACCUGAGGCUGGACAGUACUCCUGCUUCUUCCUCUACCUGCGACAGGUCGUAGGAUUCGCAUCAGCAACAGUUGCCGCCUUCAUUGCAGUUGUGGGAAUACUCUCCAUCGUGGCUCAGACGGUCGUGUUGGGGAUCCUGAUGAGGUCCAUUGGGAAUAAGAACACUAUUCUCCUGGGUCUGGGCUUCCAGAUCCUGCAGCUAGCCUGGUAUGGCUUUGGCUCCCAGCCCUGGAUGAUGUGGGCAGCGGGAGCCGUGGCAGCCAUGUCCAGCAUCACAUUCCCUGCCAUCAGUGCUAUCGUGUCCCGCAAUGCCGACCCCGACCAGCAGGGUGUGGUCCAGGGCAUGAUCACCGGCAUCAGGGGCCUGUGCAACGGCCUGGGCCCAGCGCUCUACGGCUUCGUCUUCUACCUGUUCCAUGUGGAGCUGAACGAGAUGGAUCCAGCCGAGAGCCCGGAGAGGGGGGCCAAGCCCAACAUGGCCAACCCCACAGACGAGAGUGCCAUCAUCCCUGGGCCGCCCUUCCUGUUCGGCGCCUGCUCCGUGCUGCUCUCCCUGCUGGUGGCGCUCUUCAUCCCCGAGCACAAUGGGGGCAUGGGCAUGCGGCCUGGCGGCUACAAGAAGCACAACAACGGCGGCCAGAGCCACGGCCACAGCCCUCAGGGCGGCAUCUGCGAGGGCAAGGAACCCCUGCUGGAGGACAGCUGCGUAUAACCAUGGCAACCACCACCCCCCACACUCCCCAAAACGCCUCUCCUACCCCUACCUACCCCUACCUUCGCAGCCCUGCAGUUUUGGGGUUUAGUUAGUGUGGUCAUCUUCAGGGGGGAUUGUGAUGGGGUGGUUGGGGUUGGGAGGUUUUUUUUUUGGUGUUGUGAUUGUUUUCAGGGUUUUACAGGGGUCAAUGGGGGUGGUUCAGACGUGUGUGCGCGUGUGUGUCUGUGUGUCUGUGUGCGUGUGUGCGUGUGUGCGUGUGUGUGUGCGUGUGUGCGUGUGUGCGUGUGUGCGUGUGUGCGUGUGUGUGUGUGUGUGUGUGUGUGAAGAACAGAAGGCGAUGCCAACCCCACCCCUUUUCCCCCAGCCAGCACCCCGCAUCCAAAUUCUACCCAGCAGCACCUGCUGACGCAACACGCCCUCCCCUAAAAUUCGGGAUGACCACACCACUCUAGUCAUUCACUCUUACCCCACCCAACCCUUCCCCUACUCCCAUGCCACCUGAGUGCCCUGUCAGGAAUGGCCAGGGAGGGGCAAACUCUGAAUAACGAUGGGAAACUUAAACAUCAGCCAUGGGGGGUGGGGAUGGAGGGGUUGAGGCGGGAAUGAGGAAGGGCACUAAUGCCGCAGCAGCAGCAGCAGCAGCAGCAGCAGCAGCACUAACAGGGGACAGUGCUGGGAAUCUUGCCUCGUUCUGUUCCCUCUUCUGAAUGAAGUUGGAAAUCUUGCCUUGUUCUGUUGCCUCCUCUGGAACUGUAUGUGUCCUCGGCCUUGGAGCAACAGGAGGUGGCUCGUCACACGUCACGGCCUCAAGACCAAUGGGGAUUGCCAGCGAAGGCUUCAAACAAUGUCCUUGAGCUAAAGGUCGUCUGCAGACAAAAGUUAAGUAUAGACUCAUGGACACGUCUCUCGUUUUAUCCCUUCUGGGUGUUUUUUUUUUUUUUGUCCUUUUGGAGAAGCAGAAUCGGAGACCAUUCAGUGACGUGGUUGCCAGUCUUUUUGUGUGGACGCUGGACAGAUUAAACCGCUACGUAUUGAUGAAGCUCCCGACUAGACUAGUAACUGGCCAAGCUGUCACACCUUCCAGCUUCAUGUUGUGGGUUUGGUGAUUUAUUCUACAUUUCACCAGAGCAGUGGUGCUGAUGUUUCGAGGGAAACAACUGAUUCAUACCUUGCAGAUUUCCCUUUUUUUGCGGCCAUUCAGAGGCAGCAAAGCAGAGCACACAACUAGGUAGGAUUUUAUACUGUGAGAAUUUAGUCUAUUUGAUACAGACUCUGUUUGUUUUGGAAAUCUGGGUACCACUGUAUUCCCCGUACCGCUGACCCUGUCUGGAUGGGCAUGGCUGUUGGUCCAAGCCAAACUUCUACCACUCUGUUUCUCAUCCUUAUUCCCUCUUUCUUUCUUUCUCUCUCUCUCUGACUGAAAUGGUCAGAUUUGUCUGCUCCUCCUCUAAAGAAGUUUGUGUCAAAUUUUCUUUUGUUUCUUUUUUUUCUUUUUUUAAAGGAAAAGUUGCCUUUUUAUUUGACUUCAUGUUGAUAUUACCUAGCCCAAAUGAAGGCGUAUGCUCUGAGAAGGGUGAGUAAUUGUGAGAUAUAUAUAUAUUUAGAUAUAUAUAUGUAUCGCUCCCAUCGGAGCUUGCAUACACUUAAGUCUUGUUUGUGUCCACCUCAAUGACCUCCACUCCCUGACCUCUGGGGCCAACGUGUGAAUUAGCGCGUGUGCGUGCGUGCGCAGGUGUGCAUGUGCACAUGUGGCCAUACAUUCAGUUUUAGACUAGGGUGAGAUCACUCUUCCUCUCGUAGGUCAUUUUUUUCCAUCAUAACUUCGGUUAUCAAUGUGAGCACUGAUGUUGUCAGUAUCUCUAUGGAUGAAUAUCAUUAGAUUCGACUAAAGAGUAUGUCACCCAUGUGCUGCUGCCAUAGAGAGUAAAAGGUUACAUGUUCUGUGAUAUGAAAACUACAAAUUUGCUAUUUUGACUUGACCGUUAACCAUUUCAAAUGAUACUUUAAGUAAUCAGCUUUCAAGAUAUCAGACUACUCUGCAUCUCCUGUGCACUCUAAAUAGAAGUGACAUUUCAAUUACUGUAUUUAAACUAAAAUGUUGGUAUAUGUUGGAACAAUUAACUGUCCUACAUUGAACCUCAAGUGCAUUGAAAUAGCCAACAUUACUAUAUCACAAAUACACAGUUGGUAACACACCUGGCACCAAGACAUGUCGGUCUUGUUUUGGUUUUCUAUGGGUUUGUACCAUGUUUGUUUUCUUUUGUUGGUUUUGUAUAUUGUGUGCAAUUUUGUUUUUGUUUUUUUUAGGUUUUUUUACUGUCAUUUUACAUUUUUAUGCAUUGUUGGUGCCACGGACAGGAUCACUGACAACAUUCAUCAAAAAAAGAAAAAGCAUAAAAAACAAAUGCUGUUUGGGGUACACAGUGUGUUGCUCAUUUAUUUCUAACACGUUGGAAAUAACAUUUUGUGGCCUGGUUUGAUUAAUUUACUCAGAAAUCCUUGUUGAAUGUUACAGAGUAAUCAUUUUAAAGCUUAACCACAUAUGUCAGCUCAUGUAAUUAUGUUAAACUCACAGACGCCAGAUGACUGUGUUCAAUAGAAUCAAUGGACAUUUUUUGUAGUGAUUUAACAGGACGUUUGGGCAUUCUUGCCUGCUCUUUCAGCUCUGUGGAGCGCUGCGGUUUGUGGCCCAAAAUGAGACAAAUGAGACAAGAAAAAAAACCCGAGACCUUUCUUUGUGCCUACGUUUAGCUAAACUCUGAAAAAAGCAAGAACACGUUGAAAGUUGUGAACAUGUUGUAAAUAUUGGGAAUCUAAUGACAAACUAUUUAUUAAAAUUUAAUGACAUUGA